AUGGGGGAUACACAGUCAGUUCCUGUGCCGCAGGCCGGACGGGGGCAAGGGACGGGGACAGAAGAAGAGAGCGGAAGCGCCGACAGUUCCUUUCUUUCCCUGAAUUAUUUUUCUCGACGCACACCUGUGGAAAUUUAUGCGGUCCCUCUCCACCCAGGACCGGAUAAUGGUGGGUCGGAUUCGCGUGUCCUUCAGAACGGAGAUCCACCUCGCGUGAGUCAAGUCGGGAGACGCCCUGUCGGAGCGGCGCAACAGAUUAGAAUGAUAUUCCCAGUAGAUGCAGAGGAGGAAGAUGAUGAUGUACGGAAACUUACGGGCGAGGCUCCUGAGCAAGAAUUCAUGUGCUCGGUGUGUCUGGAGCUGCUGUGGAAGCCUGUUGUCCUGGAAUGCGGACACGUUUUCUGCUUCUGGUGCGGAUAUCAGUGCAUGAAUGUGUAUGACGUUUCGCGCUGUCCAUUAUGCAAGAAUGCAUUCGACAAAUUCCCACGCGUGUGUCGUCCUCUGAAUCUCUUUCUUCUUCAACAUUUCCCUCGGACAACGGCACUGCGCGAUCGGGAGAUGGCAGAGUUUGAAUUUAACAGGCGACGGCAAAGCCCGUGUCACCUCCGAAUCUUUGACAUAUCGUCGGGAGCUUCCACCGACGUUGUUGGUCGUUGCUCACCGAAUCUCCUCCAUGCGCUUCGUGAAAGAGCACCAGACAUUGCAGAAAUGAUGCUGUACUGGAGCAACUCGGCGGGAAAUUCCAGCUCUCGGGACAGUGGAGAGGGAAGUGAUGCAGGCGUCCGCAAGACAGAACCAGACAAUGAGUCAAAAGAUGACUUGGAUAGCUUUUCAGUUGACGCUGCCAUGGAGGACUUUGAAGAGGGGGACACGACUGUCCGUCCGGUAGAUCGAGAAGCAGUUGUCACGGGGCACGUCAGAAACCGCGGUGAUGACCCCGUCCAAGCGAUGGAAUCGGAUAGUGAGGAGAUGUCAGUGGGGGGCCGCAGGUCCUCUGGUAGUUCAGACGCUCCACCUGCGCCGCUCGAACAGGAGAGUGACGGGAUGGCAGGGGAUCAAGCCCUUCCGGAGGACAGCCGCGAAGAACGGGCGGCUGUUGUGCGGGACUCGGAUUCUGAAGACGGAGGAGAUACUUUAAGCCACCAUCCCCUUUUCAAUGAGAAUCUGCUUACUAUGGAGGAUUUUGUUCAUUACGGAGUUAGCUGCGACGGUUGUGGAAAAAUGCCGAUCGUGGGGAGGCGGCAUACGUGUGUCGAUUGUGGGAAAGCAGCCUGUGACUUCGACCUCUGCGGUGCAUGCCAAGAUGCCGGCUACAACAAACCUGGCCGUUUCAAUCAAAAUCACUCGGCCGAUCACGAAGUGCGGCUCGUGGAGCACUCAGCAGCCGAAUGGUGGAUACAGAGCUUGAACCGCAUGCGAAAGAUCCAUCCCGAACUCAGUGUUCACCAGAUACUUCAGUGGAUCCUAAUGCACUACCAAGAUAUCCGGAUCGCGGACAACCAACAUAACGAAGAUUCCGGGAUUGCUAGCGCUACUGCGGUGACCGAAAACGAAACAGCAAGAACUUGA